GCCAAAUCGGCCGAAUUUGACGAUUUUUCAGUUGAAUAAUUUCAGAAAAUAAAAUGAAAAACAAGCGGAAGUACGAUGACGCCCUACCGGCGACUGCGGCGGAAAUUUCGAAGAAAAAUUUGGGAAAAUUACAAAAACUAACCAAGAUUGAUCCUCCUAAAGUCAAGGAAAUAAAAGCUUCCGUAAACCUGUUUCUGGCAGACAGGAAGAAUUCUAACUCUCUUCUGAAGAUCCUCGGACACCUGGAUGUAACAGAACCAGGAUCUGCAGUUACAGCUGCCCUGCAGGGGUUUAAGAGGAUAUUUCUCAUGGAGAUGCAGAGCUCACAGUUUAAGAAAUCUACAGGAGCUGCUGAAGCAGAAGGGCCUGAAGCUGAGUUUUCAAAAUGGCUGCAGGAUAGAUUCCAAGAUGGCGUGAAAAGCACAUGUGAACUGGUUUUUCACAAGAAGCGCUCAGUCUCUUAUCUCGCGAUUGCAACAUUGUUCAAUCUUAUUCAGGCGCAGAACUCAGCAACUCAAGGCAGCAGUGGAGAGUGGAGUAUGAAGGAUAUUGGUAUACUCCAGGAGCUUCACCUCGCCCUCACGUCCAACAGGAUGUCCGCCAAGGUUCCUCUCUCCAAGGUGAAGGAGUAUCUCAUCUACUCAGAUGUAUCGUUCCACUUCGUCUCAAUCCUAGCCAAGAUAGUUAACAAGGCUGUGAAGAGUGAAAAAACUAAUUUUACCUUUGUUGAAAAUGUAAUUGCAUUUCUAGAAUCAUUCGAUAUGACAGACAAGGAGAAGUACAGCGAGCUUCCUGUUUACCUGCGCAAGAGCGCUACAGCCGGUCCGGUCAAACUCGAAUAUGAGACUCUACGGAAGAACUUUGGAUCAAUUUGGAUAAACAUUCUGAAAUGUAAAUUUCAACUGGAUCAGUACAAACGGACCCUCAUCAUGUUGAACGAGAAGGUUAUUACUCUUUUGCCACGCCCACUUCUUGUCACGGACUUCCUGAUGAACUGUUUCUCAGUGGGCGGAGCAAUAUCAAUAUUAGCGCUGUCUGGCGUAUUCACUCUUAUAUCUAAGUACAACUUGGAUUAUCCAGAUUUCUACACAAAGCUUUACGAAUUAUUUACUGUAGAAAUAUUCUUCGUUAAAUACAAGGCUCGAUUCUUCCAUUUGAGUGACAUAUUCCUCUCUUCAACCCAUCUUCCUCAACAGCUAGUUGCGGCCUUCGUAAAGCGGGUUGCACGGCUCUCUCUCCAGGCACCAGCUCAUAGUCUACCUCUCUGUAUAAGGUUUGUUCAUAAUCUGAUUCAUCGGCACCGAGGAUUAGAUUUUCUCUUGGAUUCUCCAGACAGGAUCAACUUGUAUUCUGAUCCUUUUAUUCCAGAAGAAAGGGAUCCAACUCUGUGCAAGGCUACAGAAUCCUCAUUGUGGGAGAUCAAAUCUUUAGCUUCACAUCUUCUACCAGAGGUGAGUAGUGCAGCUAAAGAUCUCCUGGAGAGGGGUGUCAGGGAGGAGGAGAGGAAGCUCCCCGACGUCCUCGAGACCAACUGGUCCGACCUCAUGGAGAUAGAAUUCAAGAAGAAAAUCUUCGUCAACGUUCCCGUCAAUUUUGAGGCCCCGGACGGUCUCAAAAUGGCUAAAAACGAUAUGUUAAGCGAAAUUUUUGAGUUUGUUUGAUUUUUUUCAGA